AUGGUGAAAAGGAAUGGUUGCGAUGGGUGUCUGUACACCACACGAACGAGUUGUUUGGAACAGAAUGCCCAUCUAAUUUUUUUCCAUUUAUUUUAACCCUUUAGCCCCGCAUUAAGAGUAUGGUGGACCUCCAAAGAUAUGAAAAAUCUCCCUCCAAGUCGAUAUAAAUAAUAACUCUAGUGAGAACUGAUCUUGUGGCACAUGCGCCUUUCAAUUCUAUGGAUCUCAUUUCUCUUCUCGCCGUUCCCUUAUGCAUAUGCUCUAUUCUAAUAUUCUUCUAUGUUCGAGCUAGUAGCAGUAGCAGUAGUAGUAAAUCGCCGUUUGCACAUCGUCGCCGCCUCCCGCCUGGCCCGAGGCCCCUCCCCGUAGUCGGGAGCCUCCUCGAGCUCGGCGACAGCCCCCACCGUGCCUUUGCGCGCCUCGCCGCCGGCUACGGGCCCCUCAUCUCCCUCCGCCUUGGCCGCGUGACCACCGUCGUAGCCUCCUCCCCCGACGCCGCCCGCGACGUCCUCCAAAAGCACGACGCAGCCUUCUCGGACCGCUCCGUCCCCGACGCCGUCCGCGCCCGUGGCCACCACCGCUACUCCGUCCCGUGGCUGCCGCCGGCCCGCCGCUGGCGCCGCCUCCGCGGGGUGUGCACCGCCGAGCUCUUCACGCCGCAGCGCCUGGACGCGCAGAAGUCCCUCCGCCACGACAAGAUUCGCGAACUCCGCGACUACGUGUCCGACUGCAGCGCGAGCAGUUCUGCCGUAGAUGUCGGCCGGGCGGCGUUCGCGACGAGCCUCAACCUGCUGUCGCGCACGAUCUUCUCCGUCGACCUCGUCGACCUCCGGUCCGGAUCGUCCUCCGGAGAAUUCAAGGCGGCGGUGGAGGAGAUCAUGGUGGUGGCGGGGACUCCGAACAUCUCCGACUUCUUCCCGGGGGUCGCCGCACUCGACCUCCAGGGCAAGCGGCGCCGGAUGGCGGUUCUCUUAGGGAAGCUUCACCGGAUCUUCGACGAGCAGAUUGACCGGCGCCUGCGGAGCACCGCCGACGCCGGAGAAUCGCCGGCGCAGGACUUCUUGAGUGUACUUCUCAAGUGCCGGAUCCAAGAAGACGACGGCCCGCCGACGGAGCUUGACCGCCCAGCUCUGAGAUCAUUAUUCACGGAUCUGUUCGCGGCGGGGAGCGACACGAGCUCGAACACGGUGGAAUGGGCGAUGGCGGAGCUUCUGCGGAGCCCACGGUCGAUGGCGGCGGCUCGCGAGGAGCUGGCGCGGGUGAUCGGCCCGAGACGAGAGGUCGAGGAGUCCGACGUCGCGCAACUCCUCUACCUCCAAGCCGUCGUCAAAGAGACCCUCCGCCUCCACCCUCCGGCGCCCUUCCUUCUCCCGCGCCGCGCCGUCACGGACGUCGAGGUCGGAGGCUGCACGAUCCCGGCGGACGCGCAGGUGCUGGUCAACGUGUGGGCGAUGGGGCGCGACCCGGCCGUGUGGGCGAGGCCGGAGGAGUUCGCGCCGGAGAGGUUCCUGAACGACGCGGCCAGGGAUAAGGAUUUUCGAGGGAAGGAUUUCGACCUGCUGCCGUUCGGCGCUGGGCGGCGGAUCUGCCCGGGAUUGCCGCUGGCGGCGCGGAUGGUGCACCUCAUGCUCGCGGCGCUGCUGCACGGGUUUGACCGGGCCUUGCCGGACGGCGGCGCCGGCGGCGGCGUCGACAUGACGGGGAAGUUCGGGGUGACGCUCGCAAAGGCCGUACCUCUCCGUGCCAUGGCGGCCCCCGCUUAGCUUCUUCGUUGACUUGAAAUGUAGAUCUUGUAAUUGUGACAGAUAAAUAAGGGAAUCUCACGAGAGACUAUUUUUUUUAAAAAAAAAUUAUAAUAUUUAAUAGUGUUGAAGAGAGUGAUCGAUUUGUUUAAAA